CGCAUUUGUUUUUCACUCAAGUAGGUAACCUUUUUUCAGUCAUUCAAAUAAGAAAUUUCGUUAUUUGUGUAAAAAGUGCUUCUAAUAAUCGUGCAAUUGCAGUUUUAAUACAACCCGGAUAAUGGCCAUCGCCUCCGCCUCGACCAUUGUCAAAUUUCACGAAUUCCCCUCCGGCAACGUCCUCCACAACUAUCAGCCCGCGACGCAGAUCGAUGGCCCCAUACGCAGCAUCUCCUGGAGCAAAGACGGAAACUGGUUGGCCCUCGUUCCUAACGCAGGUCUCGCAGAGAUCGUCAGCAUCAAGGACCAGCUCAAGCUCAUCCACACCAUCCAGGGCAUCGAAGAACCUUCAUGCGCUUCCUUCCAGAAUACCACGAAGAAGAACAUUGCCAUCGGCACGAAAAGUGGCCAAGUACUCAUCUACGACAUUAAAACAAGAGUCGUGAAGAAGAGGUUCCCCAGGACAACAUCGGAGGUGAACAGAGUCGAAUUUACUGCCAAGGAUGGUCACUUAAUAGCGGCUUGCCAAAACGGGGAAGCUUAUCUCUACAGUAACACCCAGAACAGCCUAUCCGGAACGUUCAAAAUUCCGAGAUCUCAAACCAUAAGUGCGUUACGGACGAAUCCGAUUAAGAGAAAUUACGUGGCGGCGGGAAGCAAUGAGGGGGUAGUGGCGGUUUGGGAUAUAUACGGGAAUAAAAACAAGUUCUUUAUUGGAUCGCAUAAGGCACCGGUAACGUCGGUUGCGUUUUCGCCGAUUAGUUCGGAUUUGGUGGUCUCAGCUGGUCUAGAUCGACAAUUUUGUUUUUACGACAUCGCGGCAAAUAAGUGCAUUGGAAAUAUUUUUGUUGAGAACAGCAUGACGAGCGUUGAUUUUUCUCCUGACGGAAAAUUUGUAGUAGCAGCGUCGCAAAAGGGGAACAUCUACAUUUACGACUCGAAGAAUAUCCAACAACCUGUUCAUUCCUUUUUCGGACAUAGUGGUCCCGUGGAACAUUUAUCGUUCAAAAAAUGCGAGGACUAUGAAAACAGCUUUAGUUUUUCUUGCGAUGAUAAAGAAUCCGUCAGUACGGAUGAGGUUCUGCGAAAUAACGAGUCUUUUGCUGUCGACGCGAUGGUCUUCGCUGAGUCAGCUAGAUGUACUCCCCCGCAAAUCUCUGUUCCCCCAGAAGAUUCUUUCAUGGCUGCCAUGGGUCUUGACCAAAACAACACAGUCGAAUCGUUCAAACAAGACGGUAGAGGAUCAGAUAGUAGCAAAAAAUUCUUAAUGCAUAAAUAUACUCCGACGAACCCCUCUAGGCUCGUCCAGGACAGAGUCCAGAGCGAGACGAAAAUUCCAAUGACCUCUACUCCCGACAUUCACGAUCAUGACAUAUUUCCUAAGAUCUCUCCCAUCGUUAGUUUAGGCUCACAGCCGACUUCUGAGCAGCUAAAAACCAGCAUGGACAGUGUGGAAGACCUUGUGAAGAGUACCGUUAAAGAAGAAUUGAGAGUUGUCUCUGGAGAGUUGAAGAAUGACAUGAAGUAUUAUUCUACGCAUAUUUUAGCACAGACGAGACAAAUGUUUUUAGAUUUGUUAAUGUCGAUGGUGAAAGAGUCUAUUAAGGUUGAAAAUAAUUUUAACAGUUUACGACAAGAGUUAGUGUCGGAAAAUACGCAAAACCCAAGCUCUCUGUUUGAAGAAAAUUUGAUGUUGAAGCAAAAAAUUGCAGUUCUGGAGGAGGAGCUAGCGGUGCUGAAAAACAAUCAAGUUAAUCAGAAUUUUUGAUGUAUUUUGUGUGUUUAUUCUAUUUUUAAUAAAUAUUUCUUAUAAUU